ACACUCUCGUUUCCGUGGCUCUUAUGUCAUUCAAGGACUGAAGUCCAUUGGAGAGAAAGAUGUGAUUUUUCACCAAGGACUUCACAAUUUUAAGAACUAUUCUCAUGAUGUGGGUAAGCCUGUGAGGCGUGUACCUAAACGCAAACAGAUGGCUCAAGACUCAGAGAGUCAACGACGCUCAGCGUUGAAUGUACGUCUCUUCCUGCGUGAGUUCUGCAUCGACUUUUUGGAGAACUGCUAUAAUCGACUUAUGUACCUUGUGAAGGAGGGGUUGAUCCGUGAACGGGCCCAGCAGCAUGAUGAGACAUACUAUCUUUGGGCUAUAACAUUCUUCAUGGCCUUCAACCGUGGUCAGAACUUCAGACCAGAUGUGGUGUCUGAGACCAUAUCCAACCGCACCUUUCAUUUCAUUGAGAAGAACAUCACCAACUACUAUGAGAUGAUGCUCACUGACCGGAAAGAUGCCACAUCCUGGUCUCGCAGGAUGCACUUGGCUCUGAAGGCGUAUCAGGAACUGCUGCUGACAGUAAAUGAAAUGGAUCGCUCAAAGGAUGAAAACAUCCAACACAGUUCCAAUGUCAUAAAGAGUAAUAUCUUUUAUCUGAUGGAGUUCAGGGAGAUUUUUCUUACUCUCCUACGUAAAUAUGAUGAGCGAAUGCAGCCACGCUCAUUUCUCAGAGAUCUGGUGGAGUCCACACAUCUGUUUCUGAAGAUGCUGGAGAGAUUCUGCAAGGGUCGAAACAAUCUGGUUGUACAGCAGCUCUCAGGUCUCUGGGUGUAUACCCUUUUGGUGGCCAUGAUGGAUUUUUGUGCACCGGUUCCUGAUUUUGAUGCGCACAUCCCCAUUGAACCAAGGCUUCUGACUGAGAAAUACUCCAAUGCUAAUUCUGGAGGGGAUCCCUGCAGUUCUGCUAAUGUGUUAUCAGUCCACAUCUUCACAGUCCUAACCGUGUCUGGGUCUGCUUUGAGCCUUUUGAUGGCAGUGUGGCCUGAAGGAGACACAUUUGGAUCUGUUGAGGUGGAACCUGAGGAGGAACUAGAACUUCUGAAGCAGAUACUUUUCACUAAACUCCCUAAGUCGGUUCCUUUAGAUUCUGCUCUUGAGGAAGAGGAUGGAGUUGAGUUGGAGGAAGAGGAAGAGCUGGAGUCUGUUGCUGUGUCUGAGACAGAGUUCAAUUUCUUAGAUUUCAUCAAGAGGUUUGCCAGUCCAAAUGUUGCGCGUCCAUACAUUAUCCUGCUGCGCUCGUACUCCCAGAACUCUGUUCACACCAACCACUGCAUCACACGCAUGCUGCACAGACUGGCUGUAGAUCUAAAGAUGGAGGCAUUACUGUAUCAGUUGUCCAUCUUUUCCUUGUUUAAUAACAUCUUGGGAGACCCAGUGGCGGUUGCCUAUCAGGAGCUUGUUACAUUUGCAAAAUAUGUUCUGAACCGGUUCUUUGUGUUUGCUACUAAAAACAACAAAGCAUUUGUGGAGCUGCUGUUCUGGAAGAAUGUAGGUGCUGUAAGAGAAAUGACAGAGGGAUAUAAUAAAGACGGGGAAGACAAGAAAAAAAGCAAGUGGACUCCUGAGGAAGAAGAACAGCUUCAGCGAUUGUAUGAAGAGUACAAGGACUCUGGAGUGCCAGUUAUUGUUGAGACGAUAUUACCGUUGCUGAGCAGCAGCCACACUAGACGUGAGGUGGUGUCUCACAUGGUGUCCAUGGGUUUAGUGGACAGUAUGAAGGAUUUAAAGAAAGAGAGAAAAGGUACUCGUAUCGUGCUCUGGACUGAAGAACAGGAACAAGAACUCCAGGUGCUCUUUGAGGAGUUUAGAGAGACUGAUGAUGUGCUUGGAAAUAUUCUAAAGCGGAUCACAGCCAAGCGUUCAAGGGCUCGAAUAGUCGACAAGAUCCUCAGCAUGGGUCUAGUGUCCGAUCGCAGAGAUCUUUACAAGAAGAGAAAUCGCAGUGCUCCUGGGAGGAGUACUGGAAUGACAGAGGAAGAGUUCUUUGAUCUGACUGAAGAGCCACAGGAGAAGGAACUGGACAUAGAGGAAGAAGAAGAGGAUCAGUCUGAUCAAGAUGAAGAUGAACAAGGCUAUGAAGAGCUUGUUGACAACUCAGCCAAAGAAGGACAAAAGAGCAUGAGUAGAGACAAUUCUUUGAAGAAAAUUUAUAGUCUGAGAAACAUGGUCCAGACUUUACAGCAACAAGGUCUGUCAGGGCCUGUCCUGUGGCUACAGAAUUCCCUUAACAGAACUGCUGAUGACCGCGAGGAGGAUGGUGUUUCUCAUGCUGUGGCACUGGUUCCUCUGACAGAGGAGAAUGAGGAUGCCAUGGAGAACAAGACUUUCCAAAAACUUCUACGCACAGUUGGGAUCCGUGCACCCACAGACGGACAGGAAUCUUUCUGGAGAAUUUCUUCCAGUCUGAGCGUGCAUCAGCUGAGGUCAGUAGCAGCAUCUCUUGACUUGGUUGAGGAGACUGCAGCUGAAGGGGACUCUGAGGGAAACAAGGAGAACAGUCUGACUGUUGAGAUGGAGGAUAAAGAUAAUCAAGAGAUGAGAGCUCAAGCACUGAGAGCUUUGCUGUUGUCACGCCAGAGGAAAUGCACCUCUUCUAACUCAAAGUAUCCUCCAUCAUGUGAGGGCAGUUCUGAUACUGUGGAACAAAGUGAUCAUAUAGAGGAGAAAAUAUCAAAGAAGAGAAGAAGAGUGUUGGAUGAUGAUGAUGAUCAGAGAGAUAUUUCAGAUGUGGAUCCUUUACCCAGGAAUAACUUUGAAAGAAGCAUCGAUUCAGACCACAAGAGUCCUGCUGCCCCAGCUAAGCGCAGAUAUAAGAGAGUGUUAAGUGAUGAAGAGGAAGAUAACUAGAAGAAACUUGUUGAUACACCAGCAUUCUCACUUCAGUGUCUGUAAAACAAUAAUUGCUCUUUAUCUCACAUUUCUAUAUGCUUUGGCUCAGUGUUCACUGUAUAAUUCUUAUACAGAGAAACCUUUUGCUCUUAUGAGAUAACUGACUGUGCUCUUUUGUAUGUUAAUAAAGUUUACUGUAUGAAACUA